UAGUAGGUAGAAGUUUCUGUAAGUGGCGGCGGCGAUUUCUUUGUUUUAUUUGCAUGUGCGACGAGAACCUUUAACAUCUCAGAACUUCUUAUAUUUAAAUUAACAAGUUUAUUUCAAAUUGUGAUAUUAAAACUUAGUAUGAUUCUGUGUUUUCGCUAGACGUUACCGUCACUUCGACGCCAUGUUUGAUAUUAGUUAUGAUGAUGAAUCACGUGUCUGAUUAUAUGAUUGCUUUUGAAUAAAGAGACUCUAGACAAUUUUCAAAAAUGUCUAAAUUGGAAGAAAUGAAAAAAGAUUUGGAAGAACUUGAAAUACUUAGUCAGCAAGCAAAAAGAACUUAUGUUAAAGAUUUUCUCUGUAAUCAAAUACAAACAUUACAAAAUGACAUAAAGAAAAAAGAAAUGCUUUUAGCUACAACUUCUCCAGAAUCUGAAAAAAGAUCUAAGCAACUGUGCAAUGUCAAAAUUGUGAAUUAUGGUUGGGACCAGUCGGAUAAAUUUGUAAAAUUAUAUGUUACUUUGAAGAACGUUCAAAAAUUACCAUCAGAGAACAUCAAAACAAAUUUCACAACCAAAUCAGUUGAACUUCAUGUUUAUGAUUUGGAUAAUAAGAAUCAUACAUUUACUAUUAAUAAUCUAAUGGGAAAAAUUAUGCCUGAUAAAAGUUAUUUUAAGGCAAAAACAGAUAUGGUUGUAAUAUUUUUGAAAAAAGAAUUCUCGUCUAAUUGGCAGUAUAUAACCGAAGCUGAAAGGAAGUCUAACGAAACAAAAAUGCCAGAUAUGGAUGAGAAUGAAGAUCCAGGACAGAGUUUGAUGAAUCUGAUGAAAAAGAUGUAUGAUGAAGGUGAUGACGAAAUGAAAAAGACAAUAGCAAAAACUUGGAUGGAAGCAAGGGAAAAACAGGCAAGGGGUGAUUACGGUCUGCCAAAUAUUUAAGAAACAAUGUAUUCCUUAAUAUAUAAAAUCCUGUAUAUGAAGUGUAAGAUAACCAAUAUGUACUGUAUAUGAUGCAUAUUUUCUUUCAAAUUAAAAGAAAUUGUUAAUUAUAAUUUGAGAUUGGUGUAGCUAUUGUUUUUGUUUAGGCUGGUCCAAAUUUGAUUUUACAAAGAAUUUUUCAAAAAACUGUUUUCAGACUAUUCUUUUUUUAAAACAAUUGAAGUUUGCUGAAGAUGCUUGCUCUUGUAUAUUUUGAACGAAUAAAUAUUCAUUUUAGAUUCCAA